AAUUUUUAUCUUAGCGCCUCCUUCAUUCUUUCUUCUCUCACCCCUAGAGGGCUUCAACCAUCUCCUCCAUUACUUUACUUACUUCAAUCCCAUCUUCAUGCAGGAGAAACCCAGAAAUACUCAAUAUUCUCCCACUCCCUAUUCUACUUUCAUCCAUACCCAUCAAAUCAAGCUUUAAAUUCCAUCCUUCAUCUUUUCGCGGAUUUCAGCCCACAUAGCUCCGAUCAGUAGCAGUUAAAUAUGACGGAUAUAAAAACCCCGAAAACUGUAAGAGGCAGGCGAGAGGUUGAGAAACGUGCUCCAAAACUUGAGGAAAAUGGAAAGAAAACUUUGAUUCUACAUGGAACGAAAACAAGCCAAGUUAUUAAUUCCUUGUUGACUGAUAUUUAUCAUCUUAAGAAAGGCAAUGCGAUUAAAUACUCAAGGAAGAAUGAUAACAUCAGACCAUUUGAGAUUGGUGGUGAAACUUCUUUGGCGUUUUUCUCUCUGAAAACUGACUGCAGUCUUAUUGUGUUUGGUUCACACUCUAAGAAGCGACCCAACAAUCUCGUCAUAGGACGUACAUAUGAUCACCAAAUAUACGAUCUUGUUGAAGUUGGGAUCGAGAAUUUCAAAAGUAUGGAUUCGUUCUCAUACGAUAGGAAAAUAGCUCCAAAGACUGGUUCAAAACCGUUCUUUGCUUUCAUCGGAGAAGGAUUUGAUAAUGUGGAAGAACUAAAACAUUUGAAGGAGGUUUUGCUUGAUCUUUUCCGAGGAGAGGUUGUGACAAACUUGAAUCUUGCUGGAUUAGACCGUGUUUACUUAUGUACUGCUGUGUCUCCAAACAAAGUAUUCAUGACUCACUGUGCACUUAGGUUAAAAAAGUCUGGCAGCAUUGUCCCGAGAAUGGAACUUGUGGAAGUUGGGCCUUCAAUGGAUUUUGUUAUGAGGCGAAACCGUUUUCCUGAUGAAGGUUUAAGGAAAGAAGCAAUGAAGAAAGCUUCUGAAGUAAAGAAGAAGAAGAAGGUGAAGAAUGUGACCGGUGAUGCAAUUCAAGGGAAGUUUGGAAAGAUUUAUGUUCCUGAUCAAAAGGUUGGAGAGAAAGCUUUACCAUAUAAACCUAAAGGAGUCAAGCGGGAGCGCAAGGAAGCUAAAGAUGGGUCUAAGAAUAAGAAGAUUAAAUUUGACACAUCUGAUGACUAAACCUAGUUUUCGGUAUCUAUUUUAUGUCAAUUUUGAGGAUUUUCGAUAGAACUCUAUCUGGUUUUGUUAAGUCAAAUUAUAGCAAGUUUAGAACUGUUUAACUUGUGAUAUUUGCAGAAUGCUUAUUUCAUUUCUUCUGUUUGAUUUUAUAAAUUAUGGUUCAUGGUUGAUUUUAUA